AUGAAUGAUUGGCCUAAAUGUGCUAAUAUAAAUCAUAAAGAAUAAAAAAUAAUUGGAUUUUGUUUUUAUCCUCUGUGUAAAAGCAAAUAAAGGUUAUUAUGCAUCAAUUGUUUAAAAUAAACUAUUCAUGACGAUCAUAAAAAUGAUAUAGUAGAAUGUGACAGACUGUCAGAAUGGAUAUCAUAACAAUAAUAGAUUUCAUCAGACUUUAUAAAUAUUUUGAAUUCUUGUUUAGAUAAUAUAUAAUAACCAUUUUAGAAAAUUUAAAAAAUGAUGGAAAAUUAACUAUUAGAACUUUCUGAUGAUGAUUUUAAAAACUUAGGCUAUACUAAUCUUAAUGAUGCAAUUCGAAAUUAAGUUCUUUAUAGAAUGUUGAUGGUUUAAUUUCUCCAGUGCAAAUUUAAGUAGAUGUUUGAAAGCUUUAGUAAAAUAUUAAAUAAUUUGGGAUAACUUAUGACAGAGUAAAGUAUGACUAAUAGUAUAUUCUAAAAAAGAUUAAAUUCAUUAUUGAAGUAAUUAAUUUUCUAAUCUAGUCCUUUUACAAAUAAUUAAGAAAAAAAUUCUAUUAAUAAGGAUUAAUCAAUAGGGAAUUUUUUUUAAACUGAAAACAAUUUAUAAGGAUUUAAUAGCAAUAAUUAAACAUUAGAGAAUCUCUAAGAGCCUUAAUAAACACCCUUAGAGUUUUUGCAUCACUUUUAUAAUCAAAUGAUCAAUGCUCAAAUUGAUUUCAAAAGAGAUAUAUCAGUUAAUGAUGGUAUAAACUAGUAUUGAAUAAUUAGGAAUUGAAAAUUUAAUUUUGGGAGACCAUGAAAAGGCACAAAACAUAUUUAAAACUCUGUCAUAAUAAAAACAAGAUUAGGAAUCGGUAAUUUGGUUAGGUUUAUAUAAAUUCUUAUCAUAGCUUACUGUUAAUAACUUUAAAAGAAAUAUCAUGAAGCGAUUAACACCUUAAGACCAUUAGGAAGCAUAUAAGAGAAUAGAUUAAACCCAUAGAUUUGGUAUAUAUCAAGUAAGUAAAAUUUAAUUUAGUGAUGAGUGUAAUCGGUUUGUAAAAUUAUAAAGAUGCUCUAUAUUGUAUUUAAAAAUACUUGAAAUUAAGACCUUAGAAUUCUAAUGGAUGGAUAAAAGCAGGUAAAUUUAAUUUAUAUUUAAGGUCUUAUAUUGUUAAAGAAAGGUGAGCACGAUUUGGCAAUUAAAUAUUUAUAAUAAGUACUUAAGUUUGACAAAAACAAUAUUGAAGCAAAAUCCUACUUAUGUAUUCAAUUUAUAAUAUGAAUAGGUUAGGCAUACUUUUCAACAGGUUUAAUGAAACAAGCUGAGAGAUAAUAUGGAGAAAUCUUAUAAAUUGAUUAAAAAAGCAAUUUUUUAAAUUUUAUCCAACCUUAUAUGAAAAAUUGA